GCAGCCUCCAUGGAUAAUAUUGGAUCCUCAGCUAUGCUGUUUGGUAUGAGAUGCAUUUGGGAAAGCAUGCACCCAAAUUCACGACAAUUAUAUAAAUUUUUUGACACCGAACAUCUUUCUAUUGGCAAUGAUGAAAGUAAAAACUAUACGGUGGAUCUUAUAGCCAAAUGGAUGAUGACUAUGGAUAGACGAGGCCAAAUAUAUUUCAUUCCUUGGAUUGUUGAUCGACAUUGGAUGUUGGUGCUCGUGAUGAUGCGGGGGAUGACCAUAAUUUUGGACCCUUUAAAAAAUCAUAAAUCUCCACCAAUAAUUACGGAGGUUAUGGAAAAAGCAUACGCACAAUGUUUGGAAAAUGAAUACAUCGGCACAUUUACAAAAUUGGUGAGAGGUUCUUGUCCAAAACAACCUGAAAGUCAUGAAUGUGGUUAUUAUGUACUAAGAUACAUUUAUGAUCUUGUAAAUGCACCGAAUCCAGCAGAAGUUAUCAAGAAGAAAUGGUUUGACAAAAAGCAAUUCAAUGUCAAAGAGGAUCUACUACCACUACAAAGUGAUUGGUUAGCUAGAUUAAUGCCAUUUUUUUAUGAAAACUAAAUUUUUGUAUGUAUGUAAGAUUAAAG